CCGUUCAUGGCAGGCUUGGGGCAGGCGAGCGGCCAAGUUGCUGCGAGCUUCAAGAGCAGCUGCACGGCCGUCCUGCUCACUGAGCAGUUCCUGCUCACCGACGCUCGAUGUCUGCAGAACAAUCAAGUAAACUACGCGGUUGUCGGGUACAACGCUGGUCCAGCAGCGGCAGUGUACGUGCCAAUUGAGGCUCAGCUGACACCUCCUUACUAUGUCAGAGGGAGCGACCACAACUCAGUGGCUCUCGUCAAGCUCGCGACUAACGUCAGCUUCAGCUCGAACGUUCAGCCAGUGUGCGUGCAACAUCCACUUUCGCACGACAACUCGUCGAGCCUGACGGCCCUAAGCGCCGGCUACAGCAUCGAUGAUGCUGGACAGCUGCAGUUCGGGACCGGCCUGGAGGUUGUGGGGCGGCAGAUCAACCAAGUUUGUUCCGACUCGCGUUUUGUGAACUUCAACGUCCCGCCUGAGAAGUACACUUGUGCCUCCAACAUACUGGCAUGCGAAUUCCUGGCUAACCCCCCCGUGCUGUUGGAGGAGGAGAUCAACGGGGGGACGUACCUGGUGGUGGGGGUGGGGGGUGACAACAGUAACUUCUGCAAGGGUGACGCGAUGGCCUUCGUGCGCGUGGGUGAACACUUGGCCUGGAUCAAGAGCAUCGCCUUCCCCCAGGGCGACCCUGUACUCACGGCCUUCGGAUGAGCCCUUGAACUUCCAUGCUAAUAUUAAGGGCAGCGACUUGGUCAAAAACCGAAAAUUUCGACUUUUCCGUUUAUUAGGCUCAUUUUAAAGGUCCAGAAAACGAAAAUUUUGACUUUUCCGU